CAUUCUUUUCUUGUCCAGCAUUUGCCUCCCAUCAGCAGAUUCAAGCAGUCUGUGUCUAAAGAGCAAGAAGAGAUUUUUACUUUGUGUUUUCAUACAUUAUUUUCCCUCUUUUAACAACAUGACCUCUAAUUCCAAUUUAUCCAACAUGCGACGGCUGGUGGAACAACUAAAACUUGAGGCCAGCGUGGAAAGAAUUAAGGUGUCCCAGGCAGCUGCAGAGCUGCAGCAAUACUGUCUGCAGAAUGCAGGAAAAGAUGCCCUGCUGGUCGGAGUCCCUACAGGGAGCAACCCCUUCAGAGAGCCGCGCUCCUGCGCUGUGGUGUGAAGGUCAGACUCUGCAAAGUUCUCUGCUUAUCAGUGAAUAUCUAUUAUGUCAGCUGAGUUAAAAAAAAAAAAGAAUAAGAGAUUUUGCACGUUUUACAGAGUACAAAGACAUGAUGGACCCAACUGCCACAUCUCCUGUAAAGAAAAGGACAUUUUAACAUUUUGGCUGUUAUCCAGAUGUUUUUUUUUUUCUAAACUGUGAACUUUUUUAUGAAUAUGAAAAAUAUGAAAAUGGAUCAUAAUAAAAGUUCUUUUGUUAUAUAUACGUCUUUUACUAUUUUUUGAUUUACUUGUAUGUUUUUUGGCACAAUGCAAUGUUUUACUCAAUGGCAGACUUUUUUCUCUCUUUAAGAUCGAUCUCUGUGAUAUACAAAAGCAGAGUGAUGUUGUGGCUUUCUGCAAAUUAUACAAAAAGGACUAUUAAAGCUGUUCUUUAAAUGACACUUUGGAAUCUAAUGGCGCUGGAACUUCCUGAUGCUCAGUCUAAGUUAGGAACACAGCCAGAGAGAGGAAACCCAGUCUUCCUGUUCCAAACUGCAAAGACACAAUGAAAGAUAAACCGAAAGCUGGUCGCUUUCCUUGACUUGCUUGUAAAAUCACGC